GGAUUAGAAGGCGUCGUGUGUUUCAUCAAAAGUCACGAUUUAGUUUGUGUUCCAAAUUCAUUGUCUAAAUUUUCAAAAUUCAAAAUUUUCACUAAAAAUGGGCUCGGAAUAUUACGGUAAAAUGUGGAUUACCACUUGUGAUCGUUUAAAGGACAUUGCUGAGCAAGAAGAGGCCACCCGUAUCCUAGGUGAAAUAACCGAUCGCCAAAAAGCUCAGGCAGCAUUUGCUAGCAUUUACAUCAAAUAUGUGUUCGUCGUCAAUGCCCUGGGUGAUAUUUAUGACCAGACGUUACAAGUUCAGAAGAGAGCCGUUGUGAAAACGAUUUUAACCGUAGCUACAAAACGUAUGCUCGAAUUGCAAACAGACUUGAAGAAAAUCGAAAUGAGCGAGUACAUGUAUUUCGACCACACACUCAUUGAACAGAAACUGAUUCCGACUGAGGUCCAACUACUGACACCAUUUUACUACCCCAUGGAAAGGGCAGAACACAUUGAAGAUUUGUUGAACGGUGUGCGACAUACUGAUAAACCAAAGGAAGAUCCUGAACUGGUCAACACAACGCAAAAAAAGACACUGAGACAGUUGAAAGAAGCUUCUCAAAGUGUAUCGCCUGAGGAACAACGAAAACUGGAUGAACGAAAGGCUCUGAUCAAAGCUGUCGAUGUUAUAAUAUCGCACGAGAAAGCAAGGCAAUCUCGCAACUUGCUUUUCAACUUGAAAGUUCAUCCGAAACUAUACGUUCAAAAACCUUAUCCGGAGGUCGAUACUGGACCGAGAUACACUUUUACCUUUAAAGAAGAUCAAGUGCCAUUGUUUCCUGUAAAAAGGACAGACUACGGAACGAAUUUCUACAAAGUUUCAAGGCAUUUCGAUGAAAACGGAGAUCUCAUACAAACUGGCAGUGGAAGUACAGAAGAAAAUGUUAAGUUGUUCUCAACAGAAGUGGGAACCGCAACCACACUCGAUUUAGUUGGCAAGCUUUUGAGUAAUAUCUCGAGAAAUGAAGCAGCUGCUGUAAUUCAGCGAUGCUAUUUACGUUUUAAACUGAAAAAAGCAAUAAGGAAAAUCCAUCUACAACACCAACACGAACUUGGAAUGCUGGAACUAACAAGAGCCGAUCACACCAGCGAGUAUGAACAAAUCAAAGCUACACGAGAGAAACGGCGAAGGAGAAAGAGAGAAUUCGACAACGCAUUCAUACGAGCUUGUGAAGAUGAUAAGGCCAGAAUACUAAGACUCCGUACACCGUAUAUCAUGGAAGACAUUUCAGAUCACAUUCGCUAUUGGUUCAGAGAAAUGUACGAUGCAGCUGGUGAAUUUCAAGCAUAUCCACCAGAAGUAAGUGGUGGUUCGAUAAUGAUUAUAAGGGGUGAAACUAAGACUGCUGCCGAAUUUGCUGAGUUUAUUACGAAGAGGAAGAAAAUGUCACCGGAAAAAAUUAAAAAGGAACUCGAGAAAGAAAAGAAAGAUAAAGCUGCCAAAAGGAAAAAGGAAAGGAAUGAAAAGCGGAAAGCGAAAAAAUUGUUAAAGCAACAGAAAAAGGAAUGGGCUAAACAAACAAAUCGAUGGACAUUCGAUGAUGGUCGAUUUAUAACAGAGAACGCAUUGAAAAUUGAUUCAGAAUUCAAAACGUACGCAAAGGAAUGGCAAUUCAUUGACGAAUUAAAUAAUCUAAAAGAAUUGGCAUACAUGGACUGGAUUACCGAAACCAAUUACGCUGAUGUGCAUCAGGCAUUACGAUUAGAGGUGGACAAAUUGAUGCGAUUGGAAAUGGAACUGUUGCGUAAAGCGCUAUGCAAGGAUCGAAAAAUCAAAUACAAAGCGCCAAAAGCUCCGAGGAAGAAGAGCAAAAAGAAGGGCAAAAAGAAAGGAAAGAAGGCAAUUCAUAUGAAGAUCGAAAAGCUGGAGAAGUUGUACGACAAAUUUGUUAGUAAAAAUGUUAUUAUUCCAUGCCCCAACAUAAACAUGGACGACUUCAUCGGUGACCUUAAUUAUGCCGCAUAUGAUCUGAGGAAUAAUGAACUGACUCCAUCACACAGCCUUGGAGAAGUAAAAUAUCUUUUGAGGCAAUGGACAUUCGGAUUAGGCGACAUCAGUGUUCCUAAAGUUCGAUCUAUUUGCAUCGCCGGUCCCCCUGGUUGUGGGAAAAAAUUGAUGGCUCACGGAUUAAUACGAGAAUUGGGCGCCGUUCUUUUUAACAUUAGUCCAGAUGUUGUUGUUCAAUUUCAAGACAAAAUCAAGAAAUUUGUUGACGACUUGACCAAACUUUCGAAGAUCCUUGCUCCGUCGGUGCUUUUCAUCAACAAUGCACAUUAUCCAUUCCUUAAAAAGGUGUCUCCUGAGAUUGAAGACCAACAACCUCUGUUGCUCGGCAAACAUUUACCGAAACUCAAGAAGGGAAUAAAGAAGAACGAGAAAGUGCUGUUGAUUGGUACGAGUAACCAACCGUUUGCAGCUAAACCAGGUCCAUUCAAAAAAACUUUUGAGAAAGUGGCAGUUUGUUAUGGACCGGACUAUUCAUCAACUGUAUUGGCUUGGCAGAAGGUUCUACCACCAAUGGGUGUCGAUCCAGAAUUUGACUAUUCAACACUUGCAAAAAUGACUAAAUACUAUCAAAUGAGUCAAAUUCUGUCGGCACCAAAGAAAGUGCUGAAUUUGGAACGGAGAGCACACUUACAACAGCGUCCGUUGGAACCCAUUGAGAUAUUACAAUAUCUGAUGUAUGGUGAUCCACCACAGUUUCCGAUGACUGAAAAGGAAUUGGCGAAAUUUGUUAAAUUCAACCAGAAAUUCAAUAAAUUCAAAAAGAAGCCGGCACCACAAAAGAAAAAAUAACAAAAAUUUAAACUUUUUGUCGAACAUUCAUGUUCCUGCUAUACCAUUUUGUACAGAGACUGAAAUUCGCUGUCGGACGAGGGGAUCAAAUACUGAGACAAUAUUUCCUUUUGUGGCUUUUUUUUCAAUUGAAACUAUUGGUAGCCAUUUCCUGCUAUCUUUUUGCUAUUUUCUUUAGAUGACAUAUUGGCAUUAAUUGGUGUACUACUUCCAUCUGUAUCAAUAAAACAAAAAUCAACAAA